UUGUGAGGAGUUCCUGCCAAACUUGGAAUUCCCAGAUGAGCAGGUCAUGGAUAUCCAGAGAGAUAUAAGACUGGCACUUGAUCUCCUCGUCAUUUUAGUCUCUGAUUCUGCCCACCACUGCACUAAACUGAACUGUAAAGGCCAAAUGAAAAUGAUAUUUAAAAGUUAGCUUUGCAAAGUGAAAACAUCCAGAUGAAAGAUUUACUCUGGUAGAUAUAAAAGGAAAAGACGCCACACUAGAAAUGUCACAGAAGACUGGAAAUACGUAGCUUCUGCAAAAUCAGCGCCAUACCCUUAUGGAUAUUGAGACAGCCACUACCAACAGAAAAUGUGGGAUGUAAACCACUGAGACAGAGAAAAGAAGCAAACUGCACACACAGGCCUGGUCAGGUCUCAGAGGCUACGCUGGGAAAUGCAGGCGGCAAGCAGGCAAUCUGAGAUGUGGUGAACUGGGAAAUCAGGACCCUCCACCCCCCCUUUGGAGAAAAUUAAAGGAAUUGCCGGAGCCACCAAGGGGUAGCAAGUAAACGUGCCGUCCUGUCAUGAACACACCUCGGAGACGGCAGCCCACCAGCAGCCUGCAGAUGGCAGAAGCGGAGUUGCACAAGGAAAGGCUGCAAGCCCUCACAGAAAAACGGAAAAGGCAAGCAGAGAUAGAGGAGAAGAGGAGACAGCUGGAAGAUCUCAUUUUGCAGCUACAGCAUCUAAAGUCCAAAGCGAUGAGAGAGAGAUGGCUUCUACAGGGAACGCCAGCCGUCACAACAGAGGAGGAGGAAUUUAGGAGAAAACAGGUGGAAGAGGAUGAGCUGAGGGUGAAGAAAUUAGAGGACAGCAUUCACAUACUGGAAAAUGAAAUUGAGCACCUUGAGAGAGAAGAAUCCCAGAUUUCCGCCAAAGAGCAAAUUCUCAGAGAAAAAUUAAGAGAGACAGAGAAAUCCAUCGAGGAUUUACAAAAGAGUAUCUUGAGGACAGAUGGUGAUGCAGUGAAUUACGUUUAUUCCCAAAUUCCUGACAUCUCUGAAGUUUACUGCCAAAGACCCACAGAGACAUCAGGAGACGAACGAUUGCAGAGAAAGGCUGCAAUGUAUGCCAUGGAAAUCAAUGUGGAGAAAGACAGACAGACAGGAGAGACUAAGAUCCUUUCCACUUCGGCUGUAAAUCCAGAAGGAAUCCAUCAGAGAGGUGUCAAAGUUUACGAUGAUGGCACCAAAGUGGUGUACGAAGUUAAAUCUGCAGGAACGACGACGCUGGAAAAUGGUGUUCACCCUUGGAGCUCUUCUGAUGUAGAUGAACUCAUGCAGCGAGUGGGACAGACACAGAUAAGAGGCGACUCAGAGAGAGUUACCGUCUCUACUCGAGGUCAAGCAAAUACUAGCAGCGGCAAUCCAGGCGUACAGGUGGAGCAGAUGGUACACAAAGAAGCCAAGCUGGAGAUGAUACGUAAUCAAGGCAAGGGCGUCUCUGAGAAUCCCAGCUGUGGUUUCGACGAGGUGACUGAAGUACCCGAAGCCACCUCUGAGAAGCCUGUCACCAUGAUCUUCAUGGGCUACCACAACGUGGAGGAUGAAGAAGAAACCAAAAAAUUGCUAGGCUACGAUGGCACCAUCAAAGCAGAGAUUGUCCUGAUCGAUGAAGAUGAUGAAAAGUCACUGAGGGAGAAAACUGUCACAGAUAUUUCCACUAUGGACGGCAAUGCGGCUGACCUAGUCUCCGGUCGGCCUUUGUCAGACACUACUGAACCUUCCUCUGAAGGAAAAGAUGAAAGUUCAGCAAAGGAGCUCCCAACAGCAGGGUGGGAUGCGUGCCCCCGUUUGCUGCUGAUGGAGGAAUACGGAGAGACUCUGUGUGAUCAGACUGCAAUGAAGUCUUCCAAACUCACUGAAGAUGACAGAGAUUUAAAGAAAGACAAAGGCGUGAAGAGUGUCAGCUUCCUCGAACCCAUCAGCAUUUUCUCUGGCAGCAAGCGCAAGAUGGAAGUUGAGGCUCCUUUCCCAGAAAAGCCUGCCCAGAGUCAGUACACGUGCUUACCGAGCAGUGACCAGAAUGGACUGAAGGUCAGGCAUGAAUCCCUGGACAGCGAUGUGGCCAAGGAGAUCCAGUAUUUAGAUGAAGUUCUUGAGGCUAACUGCUGUGAUUCUAUGAAUGAGACUUUCAAUGGAAUGCCAUCUCCUCGUGCAACUGCCCUCGAAGCCUCCAGCCCAUCGGUGAGCGUUUCUGGUAGAAUGUCACCAUCUGACAAUGAUGUAAUUGUGAUAGGAAGAAGACAGGUUACAUGUGUGGAGGCAACCGAUGGCAGCCAGAUGAAGAGCAACGGUCACUCAGUACCUGAGCAUGACGAUCCCAACCUUCAAUCCAAUCAGAGGUCAGCCGUUGAUCCAAGUUUGACGACCAUCAAGAAAGAAGCCCGAUUUGAACUGAGGGCUUUCCACGAAGAGAAGAAGCCAUCUAAGCUUUUUGACAGCAGUAUGGAAAAGGAGAUCGUCAGGGUGAAGAAGAUCAGGCCUUCAGAGGAGAUUGCAGAGCUGGAGAGAGAACGGCGAGAGCUGAUCCGUAGCCAGGCUGUCAAAAAGAAUCCCGGUAUUGCCGCCAAAUGGUGGAACCCACCGCAGGAGAAAACCAUUUUGGAACAGCUGGACCCGGAACAGCUGGAGUCACAUAAGAAAUACGAGGAAAGGAAGCAGAGGAAGCAAGAUACGAGCACAGCCCUGCCAUCGCCAAAGCAGAACCAAACCAUCGUCACGCAGUCCGAACCGCUGAACGUUAAAAAGGACGACAUAGUGACGGAGCAGAUUGAUUUCUCGGCUGCGCGGAAGCAAUUUUUAAUGAUGGAGACGCCGUCUCAGCCCAGCGCACCAAAGAGAUCUGUGGCUCCCAAGAUGUACUCUGCAAAGCCAUUCUGCAAAGCACCCGAGCAGCCACAGAUGGAGAAGUUGGCCGGCUCAGUCACGGUGACUGGGAGUUCCAGUUAUCAAGAUCAGUCAGAGGCAGAGGUGACCACCAUCAGAGCGGAGAAAAUCUAUUAUGUGCCGGAUAAGAUGGACGAGACAACGUUAGAGGAAAACAGCAAGGCCUCGAAUGACCCAAAUGAAGGAUUCAAAGACGAGAGGUGGGAGGAGGAGGAGGAGGACGUUGAAUUUACUUGUGCUCGAGCCGUGAUGACCAUUCUGAAGGACGAAGAGCACGAUAUGCCAUACGUCUAUGCGAAGUCGGUGACCGUCUCCUCUCACCCUGAAGAAUUAGACUCUGGCUUAGACGAUUUGUCUCUUAGGUCGCAGGACACCACCAUUUUGGAAACGCUUUCCAAUGACUUUAGCAUGGAUAACGUGAGUGACAGCGGGGCUUCCAACGAGACCAUGAACGCCUUUUUGGAGAACUCCUUGGGGGAUUUCUCCCUGCCGCCUACUCCACAAGCCGUGACCCCCAUUGAUUGUAAAAUGGAAGGCAGUGCCAAAACCCCGGCUGACCCCGUUAUGUGCCCACUGCCAGGUACGUACAACGGAGUCAUGGCAACUGAUGAGCAGCUGGAGUACCAUGCGGGCAUCCUAGUUGAUAAUGCAAUCCAGCAGGCCAUUGCCCAGCAGAGUCACGAACGGAGCGUUACAGUUCAGGAGCCCACUACCCCUGAGGUGUGCAUACAAGAGGCAGCAGAAAAACUGCCCCCCAUCGAGUCAGAGGAACAGACUGCUGAGCAAGUAAGCCCCAUGAGGGUAACAUGCCAGUUUCAGCCACCUCAAGUGUCCUCACCAGUGCAGGGACCGGCAGAAACUUGUGACCAACAUGCUGUGGACAUUUCAAGUGAGCGGUUGCCCACCGAAGACAAGCAGGAGUUCAGCUACUUCAGCAAGUACUCUCAAGCCGCGGAGCUGAGGAGCACGGCCUCCGUCCUCAAGACGCAGGAACCAGAGCUUAACGCCGGUCCUUUUAAGCUACGCUCCAGGAAGCAGCAGACGCUAUCCAUGAUCGAGGAAGAGAUCCGAGCGGCCCAGGAGAGGGAAGAGGAACUGCGAAGACAAAGGCAGAGAGUCAGCGCCGAACCGAGUCCCACAAAGAAAAGUGGUCCUAAUCUGCCGACAAGAAUCGCGUGCAGUGGGAAGACCGUCCCAGGCAAGAUUGAGAAACUUCGCCCUGUGCCCCCAGUUUCACCCUCCGCCGAGGGGCCUCUGCCAUCGCCGUUGUCUGACGGAGGAUCAGAAGAGACCGGAGGCAACCACAGACCUAAGAAUUUCAUGCAGACUCUCAUGGAAGAUUACGAGACACACAAAGUGAGGCGACGAGAGAAAGUCGAAGACACCAGCUACGCCCGUUUGUUGCUCGCUAAUGAUGUUACUUCAGAGGUGCUCGAGGCAACAAGGGUAACGCGCAGAAAGAGCUCCAUGGCACUGCGAUGGGAAGCUGGCAUCUACGCCAACCGGGAUGAAAAUGAGUAGCACAGCCCUGGGGAUGCCAUUCAAUCGCUCAGCCCGAAACCAUUGCUACCCUACAACCACUGCUGCUGCCACCAUUGCCAGGAUCUGCCAGUGACAAUCAAAGUGAAGCAGAAUCAGACCUGCACGGCUUUAUGAGAAAAAAAAAAAUAUAUGAAGAAAAAUGAAAAAAAAUCAGUAUUUAUUUUAGCUAGGCUUUGCAGAAUACAGGUGGCUGACCUAAACAACAGGAAAAAGGUUCUUGGUUUUUGAUGCAAGACUUCUUCAGCAAGAAGAAAAACAAAACAGCGAACCCUUGAUAGCAGAGACUCACCGUUUAUUUUUUUAAUACAAGCCCGUCUUUUUCAUUCACUUAUAACUGCUGCGUUCUGAGAAGGUGCUUUUGUGAAUGUUCACCACGGAGGAUGUUGCUCUCUCUACUGACAGCACACUUGGGAAGCUCGCCACAUCGUUCAUCCUCCUCAUCCUUGUGGUAGACAUCAGGAGCUUUAAGGUCCUAUUCUGGAUGGUUGCAGAUUGUGGCUGUUGACCUAGGAGCUACCGUCAAGACAAAAAUGUGAUAUCGGCGCCGAGGCAGGCAAUUCAAAAGAAAUUUACGGCUCCGAGCUUCAUUUUACAUCAAGUAUUUGAGCUGUCGUCACAUGACAGCAUACGGUUAAACAAGAGUGACACCAAAAAUCAGAAAUCGUAAAGGAAGGCUCUUGUUACUGCAAUGUGUCCAAAUUUUAUUUUGAGCUCUCUAUUGUAAUAAUUUAUCUAUAUAUAGAUAUAUGCAUCUAACUGAAGAUAUGCAAACACGCCAAUCCAGUUAAGCGUGGGUAUAGGAUUGGUGCUUAUCUUGCUACACUGGCACAUCUAUACCCUGUUUGUCAACUGAGCAUCUCUAAGCCUUUGAGCUAACAUUAUAACAAUUAGGUGGGCUGUCCUCAAUACUUGUUCAAAAAAGAAAUAUAUUCAGAGAUGGAGGGACUUUCACGUGACAAUUCUUCCAAUUUUAGAAUACUUCCUCACGCUUGGUGGUUUCCUCAUACCAGAAGUUCAAUCGAGGUCUAUAAAAUGUCUGACAGAGGACACAAAAGAAAUGCAAUUAGAUGCAUCCCCUUAUCUACUCAUGCAACCUAUGUUUCGUAAAGACAAGAGGAUGUGUCAUACUGUAUAAAAAAAAAAAAAUAGCAACUUCUUCUUCCUCUUCAUCUUCUCCCACUUCUGUGUGAGGUUGAUGAUAAGCAACAAUAAUCAUUCAAAGCAAUACCUUUGUUCCAGACUUCUAAACACCACAUUCUUGAGUACCCAACUUAAUACUUUUUUAAAUGUGCUCAGCCUUGUAUUAGCCAGGAAUGACAUCAGCGCCGAAUCACCAACAGUAUGAGCUGCCAUUCCAUCAUUUAGACAAGCAGCUUCAGUGUCGGCUGCAGGGGAGCCUAUAAAACGGACGAGCCUGACGCACUCACACGAUCUCCAAACUAGUGUGGCUGAAGUGAGACGUCUUUCUGAGGACAGCUUGCUACCUAAAUGAGCGACGAAAAGAGCAAACAUUCAAUGCAUUAGCGCUGGCAAGCACUUGGCAGCGUUACAUUGUCGUCACAAGCAAGAUGUACCAGAAGAACUAAGGUCUGACCCGAAAUUUAGUUUCUCAGCUCUUCCGAGUGCUGCAAACACAUUUUAUUGGCUGAUGUUUUAAUUAACUGUCUGGUAGGGAGAGUCACAGUUACAGCAGGAUUAGAGGGCUACACCUGGCCCCCCAAACGCUAAUAAAUGUCUAACGCCUCCUGAUGACGCCACCUUCCUGAGCACCACCCAAAGGUCAGCAUCCUGCUCUUCCUGGUUUGUCCAGGUUGACCCUUGCGUUAUAUUUGAGUACUGGUUACGACCUUUUCCUCUCUUUUUUGAACUACACUUUCAGAUUUGGUUCAAUUAAUGUACAAAGGCUAAUUUUUGACUCUCCGGCUACAAUGUUUGGUUUCACUUCCUAAGUUUGUUUCAUUAAAUUCCUAAUUUCCCAGUUUUGACCUUGGUUAGUUUCUAUACGUCUCUUUCCCUUCUCCUGAUUCCAAUUCUUCACUCAAACUGCUGCCGGUUAGUGUAAUCCUUACCUGUGAAAGGCCAUAGAGUUAAAUAACGUGCUUCAUUCACUGCAAUAAUUGGACUGUAAUUAAGAAAUGGGAGCAAAAAAAUAGUGACCCACCAGAAUCCGAGUUUGAGACCCCCGAGUUAGCCGAGCUGGUUAGCUUUUUGACUUGUUUACUAUUUGGUAGCCGCUUAAGGAGAGAAGAAAUAUUUAAAGGGGAGAAGUAUUAAAAAGCAAGUCAAGUGAAAAGUAAGCAGCAAGUGGGUUAUUAGUUAGGAAAAUGGCUGAAACAAAAACUUGCAGCCACUAUGGCCCUCCAGGAUCUGAAUUGGACACUCCGUGAGCUCCCAUAUUCCCACGAUGCUUCAGUCUAUGGGUCAGUCUCACCAUCCCCAAUACAAAAAGUUGAAAUAUCUCUAUACUGGAGCAGCUGAAAUCCGUCUCACCUGCAAAUGGCAAACUGGCGAUUCCCUGAAAGACGACGAUGACUUCAGGGACACUGGAAAUACACACGUGUUCUUCUACUGUGUACUGGAGAUCAGAAGAGGACAGCGUUAUCCAUAACCAGCAACUGGAAGCCUCAGGUUCACAAACCCCAACAGCAACUUGAGGAGACAAGGCACACCAAACCCCCUUGGCCAGAAUCCUACACCCACCAGCAGGAAAAACAAAAAUGGCAUUUGGUGAUUUCCACUGCACUGAAUGAGGAAAUACAAUGAUGUGUUUUCAUUGCGCCAGAAGAUGUGCAUAGGAUCUUGUGAUUUGACUUUGCAGCAAUGAAGCUGGAUUUGUUUUUUUGCCAUAUAAUUUAUUAUGCAUAAGUGCUGCUGUUAUUGAACCUCUUGAAGCAAAUACAGAGUAUAAAGUAUUGGUUAAAUAGUAUAAAGGCAUUCUACACGUGUUAAUAAUUUACUUCACCUUUCAGUAUAAGCUGGUGUGUGUUUAUUUGGGAAUUCCACACGUGGCACUGUAUGAAGAGUAAGCUGUGUGAUUGGAUCGAUAUCCAUGACAUUAACCUAUCCUUGGGCCAGAGACUGCGAAUGUUUUAUCUUCCAGUUAUGGGGACUGCAGUAGAAGUUAGGCCCGACUAGCGCAGGAGUGGGAUGAAAUGACCUUUCCAUUUUAAUUCAUUUAAGCAUUUCAAGCCGUGUGCAUCUUAUUGGAAGUCCUUUGGUGAAGUUGGCUUUCGUUUUUUGCUCUGGCGUACAGUCUGCUGGCGAAGGGAUCGGUGAACCUCAGUGAUGUGGCCCCGCACUGUUUCAACUCCACCCAACCAGCAUUUGUGUUUUCAUGCUUCAGGGGUGCCACCAUGUUGUUGAGGGUCAACACGUCCUCGUUUAUGAGGCUCUUAUCAGAGUCGGAUGUGCCCAGAAUGA